CCACUCCACCAGCCACGACCAGCAGCAGCAUUGCUCGACGUCGAUCUUCACGCUUGAACACUCGAGGAAGAUGGCAGAUGCGCCAGUGUGUCUACAAGUGGGGGCUUCGUUGUAUGGUCAGUUUCAAGCUGUGAUUGACACUGCGCUAGCGUCCGCUCCAACCUCCAGCUUCGGGCAUGCUGUGGCGUGCAUUACAUCGACCACCAGCCACGAACAGCCUCUAGCAUCCUCGCCAUCGUUGUCGAUUUCCCCGCCUUGUACGUGGUUCACAGACGCCUCCUGUACCCAACCAGUACUCCCACUCGGCACAUCCACGUCGUGGUAUGUAUUGAGUACUCGCCCAUCACAAAGCAACAAGCACGCGCCAUGGCUGGCUUCCGUCGCCUCCCAACUACACUCACCAUCGAGUGGUUCUCGCCGGCAACUGCAAGCUGGCAGCGACAAUGUCAAGUGUUUGCCAGUACCCCAUCGCAACGGCGGCGGACUCAUGGGGUUCGGGCGCUACUUUAUUGGACUCAACGACCACCGUACAAUCUUUUGCGAGUUCGACUACUGGUUAACCGAGUCGUUUACUGAUCCCAAUGGGUGUUUGUUCUACCGCGACAGCGCGUGUACGGAUCUAGCCGAUGUGGUCACCUCCACACAGUUUCAAGAGUUUUACCCGUACUCGAGUCCUUGGACCAAGACUGCAUACUAUGAACUCAAAGACGUUGCCGCCACCACCACUACCCCUACAUCAUCAAGUCCCCCUACAACCACCGCCACCGCCGCCACUCUGCCCCAGACAACCCCUCCUCCAAGUACGGCAGUCCCGUCCCCCCAAACACAACCACCACAGCCCCCGCCUUCGUCCUCUGCAACCCCCGUAGCCACGAGUUCGCCAACAACAAGUUCGCCAGAAACAAGUUCCCCAGUAACGAGUUACCCCCAAUCAAUACACGACCCCCCAUCGACAGGCCCUUCUCCCUCCCCGCCCCCCGCCACCACCAGCGUCCCUGCUACAACUACUACUAGUAGUAGUACUAGUACUACUACUACUACUACUGCGUGGCCAACAACUAGUAGUCCUACCAGUCCUCCACAUACCAGCACUGUGUUGCCCCACGCCGACGACAUGUCGACGACGACGAUCGAACCUACCACGAGUGUUGUACCCGUAGCCGCCCCCACAUUGUUUGUAAACGUGAGUAUGUCGUGGAAAUGCUGCUAUUCCAAUGUACAUUUCCUGUACACUCCGGCCAAGAUGGACCUAGCUACGCGACUCGAAGCGUGUCUGCUAGCCGGCACGGAUUCGGACUGCCGAUUCUUCCCAAGCGAAGCCGAGUGCUCGGCGUUUCUACGCCAACAGCCAGCUUGUGUGCUCGACAUGACCUGUUCUGUCCGCGUUCGACUGGUGACGCCCUUGGACGUGUCCAAUGACCAUCAUUCCGUCUUGCCCCUUGCAACCAACGCUGCCGUUCCUCCAAAUUCUACUCCUUUUGAUCAUGUCAACUGGGCGUGGAAUGUGGUAGUGUGGGUGUUGAUGGGUUGCUUUGCCGUGUCGUUCUUGGCCGUGAUUCUCGUGUAUCAUCGGCGGCGACUGAGGCAAUUGUUCACAAACAAGUCCAACCAAUCCGAGGGCUCGGAUGACGACGACGACGACGGGGGUACCCAUGUUGUGCUGUACACGGACAGGACUAGUGACCCCCACCGUCUCUGUAACCACCAAGACCUUACCACCAUAACCUCCACCACCACUACAACGUCCACCGCCCCCUCCUUCCCCCCCGAUGACCCCCCCCCUCUCGUGAUGUGUGCACAACAUGCAGAGCAACCACUGGAUUUCGGCGACUUGCCGCUGUGGCGCCUCGAUGAAACGCACUUGCUCAUGACAACGGUGCUAUCGAUUGGACUCCACGGGCUUGUAGCUAAAGGCACGUACAAAGGCCGGCGAGUGGCCAUCAAGAAGCUGCUCCCGCCAAGGCAUCCCCAGUCUACCACCCAAUCGGUGCAGUUGUUUCUGGAUGAAAUCAAGUUGCUCAGCGAACUGGACUCGCCGUACAUUGUCAGUUUGGUGGGGGUGUGCUGGGACCAACCGCGGGAUGUGGUUGUGGUGAUGGAUUACAUGAGUCGCGGGGACCUGCGGACGUUUCUGCAGCAACACCGCGAGUUUCCAUGGACUCAAAAGAUCGACUGCGCUGGCGACGUCUGCCGUGGAUUGGUGUAUUUGCACUCGAUGGAAGUUGUGCACCGAGAUCUCAAGUCUAGAAACGUGCUGCUGAAUGCCAAUAUGGUGGCCAAACUGUCCGACUUUGGGCUAGCCAGACAUGUCGACGAUUACGAAUUGACCCUCGGGAACGUCGUCGGCUCGUUCCGAUAUGCUGCCCCUGAAGUCCUGCGGGGGGAAUUGUACACGGAAGCGGCCGACAUGUAUGCCUUAGGCAUGCUUCUGUGGGAGCUGGAUACCCAUGAAGUGCCGUUCUCGGCUAUGCAGCGCCAGCUAAAAUGCACCGCAAUGGACGUGUAUAAGUACAUGCUGGCACACGCGGACGAGUGGCUGCAUGUGACAGAGUUGUGCCCGGCGAAGGUCGUUGACGUAAUCAAAAUGUGCACACAGGCGGACCCAAAGCAACGCCCAACCGCGGUCGUGUUGGCCAGUGUAAUCGAUCGGCUGAAUGUAGCAAGUUAGUUGCUAAGCUAACUUAAACGAAAAAAGAUGUAAUAAACAAGAAAUAC